AUGCUGCUUUCCAAUACAGCUGUCUUUGCACUAUUAUCGGGUCUUGCACUCGGAUCCUCGAGUCGACCUCGUCGCUGCGUUAUUCCGGCUUCAAAUAGUACCUCCGAUGACUCUGCAACGGUCAACAGCGUCUUUGCCCAAUGUGCCACGGACUCCGUGAUCAUCUUCAAGGAAGGCGCGGACUACAACAUCUUCAACCCCAUCAGCGCAACAAACCUCAGCAAUGUUGAAAUCCAAAUGAAAGGAAAUCUCCAUCUACCGCAAAGUAUUGCCGAAGUCCAGCGCAUCGUCAACGGAACCAAUCGGCCACUCUACUCAAAUGGUCAAUACUGGUUUACAUUUUCUGGUCCUCGUAUUGAUUAUACUGGAUCAUCCAGCGUCAACAAUGGAUGGAUCAACUCCUACGGCCAAACAUGGUGGGACGCCAAUCCCGUCAAUGGUACCGGAAUUGCCUCCCGGCCUCAUUUGAUGAGUUUCAAGACCACGAAUGGAACAUUGAAAUACUUUAAAUCGCGGAAGCCCAUCGCCUGGAAUGUACAAUUGAAGGGUGACAACAUUGCUGUUAGCCACGCUUUCAUUGAUGCCGAGUCCACUGGAUCAUUCCCGUUCAACACCGACGGUUUUGAUGUCACUGGAACAAACAUUCGAAUCACCGACAGUGUGAUUUACAAUGGUGAUGAUGCCAUUGCCGUGCAGGAUGGCUCUCACAAUGUGGUCUUUGAACGCAACACCAUCGGCUACCAGAGCCACGGAAUGAGUAUUGGCUCUUUGGGCCAGGACCAAACAGCCUUUGCCAACGUUUCCAACAUCCGCUUCGAAGAUGUCACAGUCAUUGAUGCCGUCUAUGCUGCUCGGUUCAAAUCUUGGAUUGGUGGUCAGGGACUUGUCAAGAAUGUUAGCUGGAAGAACAUUCGUGUCUACAAUGUGACUUUCCCCAUCUUCGUGACGCAGAGCUACUUCAACCAAGGAUCAUCGCAGACCCAGCUCGGCAAUGGUGUGACUACGGGACGAGUGAACAAUGCCUCUGUUGCGAUGGAAAACUUCACUUGGUCUGACUUUACGGGCUCGGUCAAUACCUAUCGACCUGGUGAUGGAUCCUGCGCGUCGGAUCCUUGCUGGUAUAAUGCUGGACUUCCGAAUCUGAAACAUACCGAGGCAGUCAUCAUCGAGUGCAACACGGCGACUUCCUGCAAGAACUUUGAAUUGAGCAAUAUUCAAGUCAUCCCGCAGAGCAUGGUGGAGCCGACCGUAAUCUGCAUCAAUGCCACUGCCGCAUUGAACCCGCAUCUUGGAUUCGGUUGCAAGAAUGGCACAUUCGUUCCUUCUUGA